AUUAAAUAGCACGCACUUGUUUGCCGCAGCACACGAUACUUUGGAAAGCGCAGGUGCACUUCAGUCAAAACAUUCAAGUUUUCCAUUGCAACCAUCAAGCCAUUAAAGUGAAGUACUCAAAACGUUUUCACGUUGAACACCAGAGAAAAGAUGCACGGCAACCCCAGGCGCACAAGCGUCGGUCCAUCAGACUUAAGUCAGAGUCAGCGACGGACUAGCAACACUCACCAGCAUCACAAUAAGUACCGAGGAUCUCUCGACGCUUUCAUUAAGGAACAACGGAAAAUAACCACUCGCGUGGAAGAAUUUCAUUCGGACGACAACCAAUCACAGUCGAGUAGAGGAGGCGGUCUUCUGUCUCAAGUAGACACUUCUCCGAUGCCCAAGCUAGAGAACACCUACCGACUGGAGCCGGUGGGAACACUGCCAACGACUGAAUUGAGACAGAUAAGCGAAUCAAUCAUGCACCGAAUGCUCCAGGGCAAAACAUAUGACCAUGAGAAACUUGGCGAACUGACUAAACUAAUCCCAGAGGAAGUGAAACUGCAAGCUAAAGUGAUGCUGAACAAUUGCGCGGGAGGGAACCGCUACAAAUUGAUAGCACAUACAACCAUCGGUCAGAUUGAUAACCAGGGUAUUCAUCUAGGAUCUCGCAGUUUGUGGAACGCCAAGUUCGACCAAGAAAUCGUAGCAACUUUCUCAAAUAAUAGUUUGUUUGCAGUUACGGCAAUUUAUGCUUUAUAUUUUGAGUAAAUAAUUCAGAAUUUAUUACCAUCUCUCGAA